AAUGUAUCAGUAGCAAACGUAUACUUCAAAUAACAAUAACACUUCGAUAUAUAUGUUACGAAAUAUAUCUUCGUACUUCCUGAAUAGAUGUUAAACUAUGACUGUCCACUGGAUUUAUAUUGUGUUAAUUCAUGUUGUUUUUGUCAACUCAUACAGUGUCCAUGUUGAAACCUCUCUGGAACAAUCUUCCGACGGUACCAUGUUGGAACCAGUUUUCAAAUGUGUUGUUGACCAUCCGCAAAAUGGGGUUAUGUAUGACGUUCAGUGGUUCAUUGGUAAUGACUUGAUACCUAAAGCUGGGUCAUAUAAUGUAACAAAUCAAACUAUGAACACCUCUUCUUUGAAGACAGACCACUGGGCCGAUAACUACAGCUUGAACUUUAACGUGUCUUGUUCUGUCACUAUUAAAAAUGCAACAUCUGGAAACACUGUUUACAACAACACAAGUUCGCCAUAUUUUGCAGGCAUAACAUCAGAAUCUUCGGAGAUAGUGGUCAAAGAAAGUGAGCAGGUAGAAAUUCGUUUGACAAAUUCUGUACCUCUGAGUUGUCCUACGUCACUGAACGAUUCCAUGAAACAAGGGAGCUGCAAGUUGCCAGUGAAUAUAUGGACAACAGCGGAGAAGUAUCGGGAGAGGUGCAGAAACGGACUGUUAAUGGAAGAUCUUCUCAUAGACAGCCUGCAAUGUGCAGUGACGUUUGAAUUCAAUGAAUCUGGGAAUUCCAGCAUUGUUUUCAAUGUUACUGGUUAUACUGAUGGGAUGAUCAAUUAUCAAAACAGAACAAGUCGUAUCCAUUUUAACGUGUCUAAUUAUCACUAUGACAGACACGGAAUCUGGAGGAAUAUCAGCAUCCCUGAAAUAAAGGCGACAGUAGUGGACAGGGAUUAUCUGGUGGACUGGAAGCUGUGUACGUCAUACAACGACCCCCACAUGACAACGUUUGAUGGCAAGACCUGGGAGAAUCACAGACCGGGCGAGUUCGUCAUGUACAGACACCAACACCUACCUUAUUCUGUCAAUGUCUUGUUUUCUUCGUGUGUUGCUGGAUACGCAACAUGUAAUUGCGGGGUUGCUGUCAGAAGCAACCUCAGUCUCUAUGUGGUCAGGACAUGCGCACAGGUUUCCUCUACACAAACAGAACUCCUUACCUUUCCAUAUGAAAACCUAACUCUCAACAGAACAACCGAUUUGCAUGUGUCCAAGUUAGGGCGUCUAUAUGAGGCCACAUUUCCGACCGGAACCAAGGUUUCGUUUGAUUUGUCGUAUGAUGAUACGUGGAUAAGUAGUGUCCGGGUCCGCGCCUCAGUUUCUGACAUUGAUGCUACUGAGGGCUUGUGUGGGCUGAUUAAUGGAGACCAAAGCGAUGAUUUCAUUCCUAAACAAGAAAACAACUCUACAGACGAACAGACAUUUCUUUUGUCUUGGAGGGUGCCCUUGAAAUCCAACGAGAGCUUAUUUUCCAAACAACCGAAACUAUCGCCGAAUUUAAAUAGGAGGGAGUAUGAAAUGUACAGUCUAUGUACAAGUAUACCAAACGACACAAGCUCUGAAGUCGUCCUUAACACUUCCGUACCCAGCAUGCUUUGUACUGAGGACAACUCCAUAACAACUAAUCUGUCCUUGCUGUCGGACAAGACAACAGAGGCGGGGUUUACGGAGGAUCUCUCAUACGAUCCAAACUAUAGCGAGACGGACACACCCCAGGUGUCUGUCUGGCGGAAUGGCUGGACUGAGAGUACUGCACGGACGUUCUGUCAGAACUCCUUUAACACUGACCUCGCGGUCAACGAGUGUCAGACGUUGACAAAAAUCGAAUCAAGUUCCUACAUCGAAAGUUGCAUUGCAGAUAUUAAACUGUCAGGAAACACUACAUACCUUCAGGACACUAUGAAUACCUUCAAAGGUGCUUGUUACCAGGAAGUGACGCAUGAUGAAGUGUAUUACGUCAAUAGGACAACGGAUGGUCGGUUUCUCGCUGACAUUAUUUUCUCUGUUCUCUGUCCUCGAGAUUGUUCAGGAAAUGGAAAUUGUACAAACGGUAAUUGCAAUUGUUUUUCGGGAUUCAUCGGCAGUGAUUGUUCCAUCCAACUGUCCUCUCCCCUCGAGGGGUUCCGUCUGCCAUUCGACGGUUUAUGCGACUCCUCUGCACCAGGAUCUUGUCAGACAUUUUUUGUCAUUGGCUUUUUCCAUUCAGAUGUCAUUUUUGUGAAGUUAUCCAUUUUUGUCAUUUUUACCAACAACUCGGUCAUCAACACCUCAGAGUCUUUCACCCAUGCUACAUAUCAUCACUACAAUCUGAUAGCCCUUGACAUUUCUUUGGACAGUCUGGGGAAUAAUACCGGGGCUGCGAUUGGCUGUUACGUCACUCUGAGUUAUGACGGAUCGACCUAUGGAGAUCCCCAAAGUUUGUUGAUAUAUGACAAAGACAUGUAUGAUUGCAACAGAGAAACUCUUGAAUGUAUUUCAAAAGCGCAAGAAGAAAAAGAGCCGAGUGACUCUGAUAAUCUAGUUUUGAUAGCAAUAUUGGUAACGGUUAUGUCUGUUGUUCUCUCUGCAAUAACAGCCUUCCUAAUUUUGAAAAAAUACAAAAGUUUCCCGUGCUUUGUCAAAAAAUCGAUGAUAACAAGCCCUCCUCCGCGACAACAUUCCAUCAUACCCCACAGUAAAACGAAAAAGAAUAAGAUGCCAGAAAUGGACGACUCCAUUAUCUCAAGUCACCCACCUAUGCAGCAUAAUAUGGGUCAGGACCGGAGGCGGAAGCCAUCGAUCAGUUUCCUGUCCAGUGCUCAGUAUCCACAGAGUCCUCCGACCAGUCAUUUACAGCACAACACGAGGCCACACAGAAUCCCCCCUCUGUUACCCCCUCUGGAACCGUGCAUUAUUUCCCAGCUACCAAGGCGUCAGGAACUCAAUUCAAACAAACGCUUCUCACCCUACAAAUCUUGAAGAUUUGUGCAUUGACUAUAUGUUUUGAUUAUUACUAGUAUUCUUUGGUGUUAUUAAUAAAGCAGUGAAUGUAUCUUAGGGGAUGCGGAUGGAUCUGGAUGCGAAAUGAACCUCGCUUGUCUGACUUUGUUUCUCGUCGGUGCAAUGACAAUAUUUCCGAUACAUUUCUUUGUCAAAAGUUAUUGAGAUUGCCUAUAUUUUCAUAUCUCAUGUCUUUCUUUGAAUUCAUAACGGAUUUUGGAAGUUACUUUGCAUAAAAUAGCGAUCGCGAUGUAACUUGGAUGUAAGAGCCAUUUCACAUAAUUAAGACAUUUGUGAUUUUACCGAAGAUUAUCUAUUAAUCUUUGUUAAUUUUAACCGAAUAUCAAAAAACUUUUUUGAAGUACUUAAGUAUUCUAUAUUUCUAUAAAAUCCACGUUAUUAUUGUUUGUCUAAUAAAGCUGAUUUGAUUAGAUUUUUUGGUUAUUGUUUCUCAGUUGAGCAAAAAAGGAAAUUGAAGCUGUCGGCUGCCUUCACAAACUGUGAAAAAACUGUCAAAAUGAUUUCUUC